AUGAGUGCCAAAUCGUUCAAUGGAAACAACAAUUUACUACUGAAAAUUGGUGAGAAGCUGUACCUAAACUCGAUGACAGCCGAUGUUAAUUUGGUGGUUACUAUCGGUGACGAUCAUUCCGUAUAUGUUCCAGCCCAUAAAAUCAUUCUGUCUGCUGCUAGCCCUGUAUUUGAGCUCAUGUUUAAUGGCCCAAUGAAAAACGAACUCGACGUUCAAAUGGCUGACACAUCUCUCGACGCAUUGACAGAGUUUUUGCAGUUCUUUUAUGGCAGCAAUGUUAUAUUAACACUUGAAAACAUCUUCACGGUGACGAAUUUGUGUAACCGAUAUCAAGUGGCUGACGGGUUGGCUCUUUGCGAAAAAGCGUUACAAAAGAUGCUAACUAUCAAUAAUAUGUCGAAAGGGUAUGAAUUGGCGCUUCGGCUGGAAUUGGGAAAAGUCGUAAAAUUCUGCGGACAAAAGAUCAAACAGAAUCCAGAAGGAGUGAUGAAAUCCACCGAGUUUUUGGAAUGCACCCAGGAGACAUUGGGCGAAAUACUGAAAUUGGUGUUGCCGAAGUGCAGCUCAUCGGUGGUUGUCAAUGCCUGUAUGGCUUGGGCCAAAACGAAAUGUGAGCGAAAGAACGUGGAAGCGACGGCAACAAAUAUGAAGGAUGAAUUUGGAUCG